CAAGAUAAUGGUCCCGUAUUUGCCAAACGAGAAAUGGCGAUCUUUCAUAUCAACUUGUGAGACGCCGAUCGUGGUUCUUGGAUGGAAAGUAGAGAUACGCUGGGACAUAGAUGGGUGGAUGUAUCUUACGCGGGUGAUGACGAGCACUAGCACCUAGAGGUCAGACUUCCUUUUCUCUUUUCUUUGUAUGACGAAGUCAGCGGAUCGGUCGAUGAAAGCACACUUUUCCAAUUGUCCACAAACUCCGAAUUAGAUCAAAGGAUCGACACGAGUUUAGCGUGUUUUAUCGGUCAUGUCCAGAUCCUUGCCGGCUGCUCAGAACACUGGGAACAAGUUUGUGACUGUGCUGUACUUCGCAGCUGCUCAAUCUGCAACGGGUCUCCACACCGAGACGAUUCCUUUCCCAGAUACUUCACUCACGCUUGGUCAGCUCGCCCGUCUUCUAGCAGAACGUCACCCUGCUCUACAGGAUGUCUUGAACGAGAGUUCGUGGAGUGUGGAUGCUGAAAUGAUAGAUGAUGAACGGGAUGUGAAUGAAGUUUACUUCAAGGGUGGAGAAGAAGUCGCUGUCAUUUGCCCAGUAUCUGGUGGUGUCCUACUGUACGUCCACCCAAGGGAGCAAGGGAGCGCGAUCGACCCGGAGCACGCGGAAGAGGCGGAGGAUCAUAAACACUGUAGAUACAUAGCCAUCCAGUACAGCCGACACCACAAGCCAGAGGACUCCGUCACCCCGCCACACCAACCAGUCACCCUUACCACGCAUUGCCGAUCCCCUCAGGUUGUGCAAAUCAUCUAUGGGAUCAAUUCGGCAAAAACGGUCAUAAAUCACAUACAGCUCAGACCCGAAUCCGAGGACAGACAAUGACAGGGGAAUCAUGGGAAACGGAAUAGAAUGAGGAAUAUGGAGGCAUUGAUCGGAGUCGAUCAACCGUACUAGUACUACUAGAAUGGGUGGAUAUCUGGUUAAAGGGAAAAGAAAGCAAGCCAGUUACGAUAUACCAGUCAGAAUAUCAGUCCACUUUUGGCGCUAGAUGGGUUUAAGGAAAAAGGAAACAGACAGCUGAUAGCGAAGCCCCAAGGUGGAGGUAGAUUGAGACGAACAGAGACAAUAAUGGGACGAGGAAGAGUGUGAAUGUGCUACAAUGAUGUAUGGGACGAG